CGGAGCUUCCCGCAGUCCCCGUUGGAGGCGCUCGGGGCGGUGUUCACACCCCGGAAGCCAGCGCAGGGUGCCCGGCGCGGAGGAGCAUGACGGCGCCGCUGGCGGGGCUGCGCUGGGGCCUGGGGCCUGGCUGGCUGCUCCGGCUGAAGCGCUGCAGGCGCUCAGCUCCUUGGGAUCUCGGGAUUAGGAGCAGUUCUUCAGGUAAAGAGCUUCUGGGAUUGUUCUCCCUGAACAAUGACAUCCUAUUGCAGUCCUGCCGGAACUAUCAAGCAGUGCUGUGCACCGAGCUGACAAAGCCAUUGAUUAUUAGGAACCUCCCAUCCCCUUCUCUGCAGCCCCAUGAGGUCAGGGUUGGCGUCCGUUACUGUGGAGUAAAUUUUGCUGAUAUCUUGGCCUGUAAGGGUUUGUACCAAAAGAAGCAUUGUCUUCCAUUCACUCCUGGAAUGGAGUUUUCAGGGAUGGUGAUGGAGACUGGAGCGAACGUCAGCACAGUGCAGGAGGGAGACAGGGUAAUUGGUGUGACUGGCACUAGUGCAAUGGCUGGGGAGUGCGUAGCUGAUCAGAAGAUGCUGUGGCCAAUCCCAGAAGGUGUUUCUUACGAAGAAGCUGCAGCAUUGCCUGUGUCUUAUGGCACAGCCAUUUUGGCCCUGGAUCAUAGAGCACACACGCAGCCAGGGGAAACGGUUUUAGUGACAGCAGCUGCUGGGGCCACGGGGCUUGCUGCUAUCGAUGUAGCUGCUAACGUUCUCAAGGCAAAGGUGAUAGCAGCAGCUGGAAGUGAUUACAAAUGCAACCUGGCUCUGCAGAAGGGUGCAGCCCACAGCGUGAAUUACACCCAAGGGAGCCUAAAGGAGGGGGUGAAGAAACUUACAGAUAACAGAGGGGUCAAUGUAGUUCUUGAUGCCGUUGGAGGGGACAUCUUCAAAGAGGCAUUACAUAGUUUGGCUUGGGAGGGCAGGAUUGUGGUGGUGGGUUUUGCUGGAGGAGCAAUCCCCUCUGUCCCAGCCAACCUGCUGCUUCUGAAGAACGUGUCUGCCUUGGGAGUGUUCUGGGGUCGAUACCGGGAAGAGGACUUUCCUGUUUUUUCGUCAUCACUCUCCUCUGCUCUUUGGUACUGCCAGGAAAGACGGAUCCAACCUCAUGUAGGAGCGGUCUUCAAACUGGAAGAGGUGAAUGAAGCCUUUAGCCGUGUAACCCAGCGCAAGUCAACAGGAAAGGUUGUCAUCUCAAUGCAAUAAAUCAGCCUGUUUCCUCAGAACACAGCCCCUGCUGCUGUUGGACUAAUCAGCAGAAUCACCCUUCUGGCUUAUGGAUGCAGACAGCCAAGUUGCAUCUACCCUAUGAUUUCUUUCAUGAUUCGUCUACCACCACCAGUAAUGUAGAGGGUUAGGGGCUCCUGCUUAGGUUUAAAUGACAUGAUGAUAUAAAUACUUGCACCCGUUGCUAGCAUUGGUGGAGUUGUACUGGUGCUAGACAAACAGUGCCAGGAGUCCUAGGGGAGACAAGGUUUCACUGUGACGGGAAGAGGGAGAAUAGAUGCAGAGCAGUGCAAUUAAUACAAACGUAAACCAGACUCUCUUUAAAGGAAUCACCAUUGGGAAAUCUUAAGUCUCCCACUGUGUGCUCUGUAUAAUAUACCCAUAACAUCCUUGUGUCCCUAGAACAGGGCUUCUCAGACUCUUUUUCCAUAGUGUGGUUCACCUUUUAACAGAGGUUUUUAUGUUGGAGACAUCUCCCGCUUCUGCUGGCGGUUGUGCAGACCCCAUCUCUCACAUUUAUGGUUGCACAGACUGCUUCCUUUCUAUUGGUGAUGACCUAGUAUCUUAGGGUAUGUCUGCAUUGCAGUCAGACACCUGCGGCUGGCCCGUGUCAGCUGACUCGGGCUCGCAGGGCUGUUCAAUUGCGGUGUAGACUUUCCAGCAUCAGCUGCAGGGUCCUCGAGCCUGGGCUCCAGCCUAAGCCUGAAUGUCUACACCGCAAUUAAGCAGCCCCUUAGCCUGAGUCAGCUGGCACAGGCUAGCCAUGAGUUUUUAAUUGCAGUCAGAGCCUUUGUGUCAACCACAGUCAUGACUUUCCUCAUGUGACCUUUCCACAUAAGCAAAAUGGUUUUUAGCUUCUUGUAAUGCAAUUUAAGAGCUGGAAGUGAGGAGGGGAAUUAGUGCCAUGAGGCCAGUCAGUGCUCCAUUCACCACAGUUUGAGAGGAGCUGCCCUUGGUGGUGAUAGAGC